UUUGAAUGGAAGACCGUCAGCAGGGUGACAGUGGAACCACUGGGUUGAAAUACAUUCUCUCGGCCUCCAAAACUGACACUAUGAAAACGACCUUCGGCCUCGUCCUCUUCUUUGUGGAAGUAUGGAUGGUAUUGGGCACUGCUAAAGACUGGGGACCAGGGAAGAUGGAAACACACCUGGAGGUUUUGAAUAACCAUACCUUCCUCGACCACAACCAAAUGGAUGGAGACGAACAACAUUCCCAGAGGAAAGAUGCCCUGACAUCAGCUGAGGAGGAGCCUUGGCCAGCACUGGAUAGGUGGAAACUCUUAGAAAAGAAUGCCAACUUUGGGUUCAACCUGUUCCGAAAAAUAGCCAUGAAACACGAUGGCAACAUAGUUUUCUCUCCUUUCUGCCUUUCUUUUGCAAUGGCUACUUUAUUGCUGGCAGCCAGAGGGCAGACCCGAUCCCAGAUCAUAGAGGGCCUCAACUGGCAGGAUCUAAGCAGUACAGAGACAACUCUCUUGCCUUCUUUCUUCAAGGAGCUCAAAGACAACAUUUCUCAAAAUGAAGAGCUGGCUUUAUUAAAAGGGAGUUUUGCUUUUAUCCACAAGGACUUUGAUGUCAAAGAGACUUUCUUCAAUUUGUCCAAGCGGUAUUUUGACAUGGAGUAUGUACCUGUGAAUUUCCGCAAUGCCACAGAGGCCAAGAGUGUCAUGAAUCAUUAUGUGAACAAGGAGACCAAGGGGAAAAUUCCCAAACUCUUUGAACAGAUUGAUUCUGAAGCUAAAUUAAUUCUUGUGGAUUACAUCUUCUUUAGUGGUAAAUGGCUAUCUGCAUUUGACCCUCUUCUCACCGAAGUUGAAACCUUCCACCUGGACAAAUACAGAACUACAAAGGUGCCUAUGAUGUACAGGUCUGACAAGUUUGCUUCAACCUUUGAUAGGAACUUACAUUGCCAAGUCCUCAAAUUACCCUACCGAGGAAAUGCAAGCAUGCUCGUGGUCCUUGUGGAUAAAAUGGGGGACCACCUUGCCAUCGAAGACUACUUAACUGUAGAGCUGGUGGACGAAUGGAUCAGAAACAUGAAAACCAGAAAAACGGACGUUUUCUUUCCAAAGUUCAAGCUAGAUCAGAAGUAUGAGGUACAAGAACUCCUUAAGCAGAUGGGCAUGAGAGCAAUAUUCUCACCCUGGGCCGAUCUGAGUGAACUCUCAGGUCCAGCAAGGAAUCUGAAGGUGUCUAAGAUUUUGCAGAGAACAGUAAUUGAUGUCAAUGAGAGAGGAACCGAAGCAGCGGCUGGAACAGCAUCAGAAAUUGUGGCCUACUCAAUGCCCACAAUCAUCAGAAUAGAUCGUCCGUUCCACUUCAUGAUCUAUGAAGAGACAUCUAAAAGUCUGCUCUUCCUCGGCAGGGUGGCUGACCCAUCUCUUCUAUAAUUCCUAACACACACAAAUGUCUCAUGUUGCCAAAGGUACAUAUGAUAAUGCAGAAGAUGGAAGCGGGAGCAGGGAGAGGGUUGUUCUCAUCCCGGGUUAGUUUUUGUUGUGCUUCUGGGAUCUUGUGGAAAUCUGCUGGGAGUAAAGAUGAAGAUAUUAUUUACUUUAGGGA